AUGGCCUCUGCACAGUUGAGGUGGUUCCUCGUGGCCAGCCUGCACGUUGUGGCGACAGCUGUGGCCGUCGAGUCGCAGGCAGUGGAAGUGCAGCCCGGAGGUGCCGUGCUUCUGCGGACAGAGAAGAGCGAGACGAACCAGCCCAUAGCCACGUGCAAAGGCCAGUUUGCAGGACACUGCGAGUCCUUUCUGGAAGAUGAACCUCGUUGUCGCUCUGCCUAUGCCCACUGCGAGGCCAAGACUUGCUUGCAGUGCGCCUUUGCUGAAGGCAGAUGCGAAGGCUUUUUCUCCUUCGAUCCGGAAAAGCUGCUAUGUGCUGGCGGCGGUCCCUGGUAUGACUGCAGGCUGAACAAGUGGGGCGACCACGUUGUGGCAUGUGAAAAGUGGUGUGGCAUGCCGCCCCUCAUACCUCUCUUUUGGUUGAAGUCAAUGUUCACCGAUUGCAAGUUCACCAACAUGCACCCAGAUGAUGAUGGCUUCUUCAAGCUGCCAUUUCCCGACAUUGGUGGGCUGAUCAAAGCGAAGAUGGCGCUCCUCAGCCCCCUGAAGUUCGAGCCUUGGCGGGGCUGGCCCAUUCGAGAGGAGGAUCCCAUGAAGUUUGACCCAAACGGCGGGUUGCCGGAUGAUUCCACGAGGGAAAUCACGAAAAUCUGUUGUCAAAAGCCGACGAAAAAGUGCCUCACCAUCGGGGAACCCACGGUCGUGGUGAGGGCGCUGCCUGCCGCGGUCGCAACGCUGUUUGCAGAUGAAGGUCUCCUCACGGUGCAAAGAUCCCACCGUGGGGCGCCGACGCAAGAGCGAAGGCUGCGAGGCCGAGGCCGAGACGCCCAAAGAGAAGCCCAGGAGUUCCUUUGA